AUGUCGGAAGAACUUGAAUACGAAUCAUUCGAGUGUUUGGAAGAUUAUUAUGAAGAAAUUCAAGAAGAAAAUUCAGAAUCGGAAAUUUAUGUUGCUGAAGAUAAUGAUCAUAGCAUCAAAUUUUUUACAACAUCCAGUGGCAAUGAGAAAUUAUCAUUUGACGAAUAUAGUUUCUAUCAUAACAAAACAACAGGAUCUAUAAUUUUUAUUUCAUGA